AUGGCAGCUGAGGCUGACACAACACCAGCGCUGCGCGCUGCGGAGAAGGCCGUGGAGGAGGCAAUUCAGCAUCUGCAUGCGGCGGGUAUCAGCUCCUUAGAUGUCAAGGCUGGUAGCAGGGACGUUGCAAACCACAUUGCCAAGUUUUCGGAUAGCCUUCUUGCAAUGGAGGCAGCCGCCACAAAAAUCGAUCCAAAUCAGACCAUCCCCGCAGAUUUGCUCAAAGCCGUGGAUGCCAAUGAGGCACCGGAGGAGUAUACCAUUCGAAAGCUUGAGGAGCUGAGUUUGAGUCUCGCCUCGCUGGAUGCUUCGCGUCACAGCUACAAGGAAGUCAAAGAGUCCAUCGAGGCUGAGUUGGCCGAUUUGCUGAAGGCAACACCCUGA